AACUUACCGUAUUUUGUAAUUCCUAACUCCUGUAUCCGAGAGUAAGAUAUUAUGCAUCCGGAAACUCACCUCGACCACCACAGUCGUCAUGAAUAUUACUGCUGCCUAUCAUAGAGUGGCGAGUAUGAUGAAAUUAGUAUAUAAGUUGCUAGUCAUAACUUCCAAGAAGUCGUAGCACCUAGUCAACAACAUUGACCAUAAACAUCUUCCGGGAUAAAUACAGCAUAGCAACGACGGACCAAGACCAAAUAAUUAGUAGUUACGCGAUGCUCACGAUGGAAACUAUCAGCCAGUAUUUGGCCUCGGGUCAGUAUUUUGCCAGUAGCCAACCCCUCACGACCGCCAUACUGGCAACUGGUAUGGCCGCAAUCAUAGUCGCUUACAACGACUAUCGGUACUACGUAUCCAUGGGCCCUCACGGUCUACCAGACAACUGGUGGGGCUGGUACAAGCAGCUGCGCAUGUCGUGCAAGGCACGCAAGGACACCACCGUCCCCGUUCCGUACGACCUGGCCGAGACGGCCAAGACCAACGGGCCCAACUCGACCAAGUCGUUCUUCGCCCGACCUCUGGAGCUGCGAUCCGGGACGCGGCCCGAGGUGUGCGGGUUCGUGGCACCGCAGCGACAGCUGACCGAGAGGUGCUCGGAUGCGAUGAGGCGAGCCAUGAAUGCCUACCUCGACAACCUGGUCAUGGAUAAUGCUGCCAUUUUGCAGAGGGAGAACUCGAAACUCGAGGGACCGGUCCCCGCAGUGCAGCUCAGGGAGGGCUCACCGUUCCCGUCAUUCCUGGAGGCUACGAGGGGAGAGUUUGUGCAUAUCCACCCGCCGGACGGCAGCACGCAUCUCGUGCUCAGCUUGGUAGACUCGGCGGAGGCGAUCGAGAAGGGCUGGGGACAGCGCCAUCGUUUGAGCGGGGGUAUGCUGACUUGGGGGUACACCUUGAUCUACGCUCCGCGGGAUGAGCAGGAUUUUCAUGUUUGGAAGAACAUUGUUGGUGCUGCCGCAAACUUUUCGGUUGCUGAAAUUGGCCAGCUUCGGCUGCCAGCCGAUGAGUGAGUAGCUUGUACAUGGCACAAACGCGCCGUAAGCUUCAUGGACUGGGUACAUAGCAAAAUAUCGUCAUCGACAGGGUUGUGGCCGACAUAGGAGCUCGGUGGUGCGACUCCUGGAGAUAGAGACCUCGGAUAGGCGUAAAAACUGUGUACAUGGCCCAUCUGCA